AUCAUACAGACACAUCAAAACAAACAGCGCUGACAUUACAGCUUGGCUAGCUGUUGAAUAUUGGUCUUUACUCGCCAUCAUGCUGAAAUCAUGUUGCAUAUACAGCACUGGAAUAUUUUCUAUCUUAAUUCUUAUUUUAGGCAUUUCAUUGGUGUUGUCUAGCGUGUUUCCACAUUUCCUUCAGGCGCUGGUGAAAAAGGAGGUCAUUUUGAAGAAUGGCACAGAAGCAUUUAAUGCUUGGGAGAAUCCACCAGCUCCCAUCUACAUGCAGUUUUACUUUUUUAACCUGACCAAUCCACUGGAGGUCCUGGAUGGCGAAAGGCCUGCUGUUGUGGAGAUUGGACCAUACACUUACAGAGAAUAUCGACCAAUGGAGGAAGUCAGCUUUUUAGAAAAUGGAACCAAAGUAUCAGCUGUCAACACUAAGACUUACAUAUUUCAGCCAAACAUGUCAAGAGGCCCAGAGACUGAUCUCAUCAGGACUGUUAAUAUCCCUGCAAUGACUGUCAUGGACAAAUUCAAGAAUGAACCUAUUUUCGCCAAUUUAAUUUCUGCUUACAUGAGGUCCUUAGGGGAAGGCCUAUUUACCACCCAAACUGUUGGGGAACUUCUCUGGGGGUAUGAAGAUGAACUACUUAAAACACUCAAGAAGCUUCAACCGGAUAUUGAUGAUGUUUUUGGGCUCUUCUACAAGAAUAAUGCUUCCAAUGAUGGAGAAUAUGUUUUUUUGACUGGUCUGAAAAAUUACAAAGACUUUGCAAGGGUGGACACGUGGAAUGGUAAAAGCUCCUUGGAUUGGUGGACAACUGAUGAAUGCAACAUGAUUAAUGGCACCAAUGGAGCUUCUUUUCAUCCUGUUCUCUCUAAAAAUGAGGUGCUCUACAUGUUCUCCUCAGAUCUGUGCAGAUCUCUAUAUGCAGAAUAUGAAGAGGAUGUUACAGUAAAAGACAUCCCGGGGUAUCGUUUUAGUCCUCCCAGUAAGGUCUUUGCGAAUUUGACAGUCAACCCAGACAAUGCUGGUUUCUGUGUCCCUGCUGGAAACUGCCUAGGCUCAGGAGUGCUCAAUGUCAGUGUAUGCAAAGGGGCACCAAUUUUGAUGUCCUCCCCCCACUUCUACCAAGCUGAUGAUAAAUUUGUCCAGGACGUCUUUGGCAUGAGGCCUAAAAAGGAAUGGCACCAAACCGCCAUAGAUCUAAAUCCAUUGACAGGAAUUGUUCUACAAGCAGCCAAGCGCCUCCAAAUCAAUGUCUUUGUACAGAAAUUGAGUGUUUUCAGUCAAACUGGGAAUGUACCCACCGUGAUCUUCCCUGUGGUGUGGCUCAAUGAGAGUGUUGUUAUUGACGACGCCUCAGUGCUGAAGUUAAAGAUGGUCAUGGUGGAGCAGACUGUUUUGGUAAAUCUUCCAUUCAUGCUGAUUGGCCUGGGCAUCCUCAUAGGACUGCUCUAUAUGUUCCUCAUGUGUCGGCAGAAGAUUCCAGAGAGUACUGCUGCUGAAAGAGAGCCUCUUCUUUCAUCAUAGCAAUGCAAAGAAGCUUGUAAAGCUCACCCUGUACAACUCGUACCACUAAUGCUAAGUGUUGGCUUCAUUUCAUACAAUUUAUAGACAUGACUUUUUCUUUGUAAAUAUAGGUGCACUAUCAGCAAGUUUACUGGUAAAUUAAAAGGGAAUGCUAUAUUACACACAGGCCAAAUUGUAUGAUUAAUUAUUUUCAUUUAAUAUGACCAAAUAGAUCAAUAAUAUUUUCUGAUUUUACAACAAAGUGAACAAAACAGUUGUGUAUAUCAAUAUAUAUAUAUCAAUAUAUAUAUAUUGAUAUAUAUUGAUAUGAUAUAUAGGCAGUGGUUCUCAAACCGUGGUCCAGGUACAACUGGGGGUAUGCUUACCUAGAGGGUACAUGAGGAGGAUGGGGAAAAAAGGAAAUAGCCAUUUUUAUAAGAAUUUUUGUGAUUUAGAUCUCCCAUGCAAAUAUAAAUGUUUUAAAUGUGAUUUAUAUGCUUUAAUAUAAUUAAAAAAAUCUUACUAACUAUUAUACUGUAUAUUAUAUGAUGUGUACAGCAUUUACAGACAUUUUCUUCAAAUACACUGGAUUAGGGAGUACAUGAUUCAAAAGAGUUUGGGAACCACUGCUCAUUAUUAGGGAUUCAUUUCUGGUGCCUGGGCACAGAUAGAGUGAUUUAAAUAAUAUAUUUUAAUCCUUUAAUGUCUCAAACUGUAAGCCAUUCACUCAGAAUAUUGUCUGAUUAUCUUGCCAAAAACACUGAAGUUGAAUAGUUGAGUAGUUAUGCAUGUUAUUGAGCAUAAUUGCACUUUUAUUUGAUUGUUCCUGGAAGUAACUUUUGCCUAAAACAUUUGUUAAUUUCUGUACUUAACCACAGACAGUAUUUGCUGCAGUUUUGUGUGACAUUGUGCUGGUUGUACUGCAUAUAUUUAUACUCCACACUACAGGUUUUGCAGACUGCAAAUAUAAACUUUCACAGUUCAUAGGUGAAAUAUCUAAUCAACACUGUAUUGCGUUACUAUCAUAUAUGUUCAGUAAACAUAUUAAAAUUUCUUAUUGUCUUUAACUUUCUUGA